CACCGCCUCGCCCGCUCUCAUCUCGCACGCUUCCAUCACGGUCUGCCUCCGACCCCCGCGAACCAGCUACAAUCCCCAAUUCAAGUCUUCAUCCCCUCUUCCACUACAUAGCACAGCAUGGUCAAACUCACCUCCUCGGACGGCGAGACUUUCACAGUUGAAAAGGAUGUUGCUGAUCGAUCAAUCCUGAUCAAGAACAUGAUCGAGGACGUCGGCGAUGCCUCCACCGAGAUCCCCAUCCCCAACGUCACCGCGAACGUGCUCAAGAAGGUGCUUGAGUGGUGCGAGCACCACAAAUCCGACCCCGUCCCCGUGAGCGACGACGACAAUGACUCCCGCAAGAAAUCGACCGAUAUCGACGAGUGGGACCAGAAGUUUAUGCAGGUCGACCAGGAGAUGCUGUUUGAAAUCAUUCUCGCGCUACUAGAAGUCGGCUGCAAGACCGUCGCAAACAUGAUCAAGGGAAAAUCGCCCGAGGAAAUCCGUCGCCAGUUCAACAUCCAGAUGGACUUCACGCCCGAGGAAGAGGCCCAGAUCCGCAGAGAGAACGAGUGGGCCGAGGACAGGUAGUUUCAAUGAUUUCAAAAAGAUGAUCCUCGCUUUCCUCUUCUCCUUGCUGUUUCGUCUCUUCAUCUUUGUGUUUUGGUUUGCGUUUGGUGUGGACGGGGUGGGUGCUGGUAGGCAAUCAUAGCCUCAGCAGCUUGUUUCGCGCACAUCAUCCGUUUGGGUGCUUUCCUUUAUGUU